AUGAAAGAGGAGCGUUUUUUCCCCUUGGCCCCUCCAAAAAUAGAUGCAAGAAGUUGUGUCACGUGCGACAAAGUUCUAGACGAGUUAGAAAAAAUAGAUGAUGACACGGACUCCUUUGGCGUAGACUUCGUGAAGAUCAAUGAUAAGAGGCUGGCGAAACAGCAUGGCAUCACGAAAUUCCCCGCCCUCACGUACUUCCGUGAGAAGGAACCGAUCAUUUACGAAGGAGAUCUUAUGGAUGAAGAGAGCGUUUUGGAUUUCCUGACGAGCUUAGAAGCAAUGGACCUUCCAGACAGGAUAGAGGAAGUCAAUCAAAAAAUCCUCGGAAAAAUCGUCGAGGACACUGAAUACGUAGCUGUGCUCUUUUGUCCCGAUCACAAAAAUUGCGGCCCGAUGAACAAUAAGCCUGAAUGUAAGAAAUGUGCAAAAGCACUUCAGGAGCUAGAAAAUAUUGAUGAUGAAGCAGAUCAGCUCGGUAUAGGCUUUGUAAAGAUCCACGACGAGGAACUUGCCGAAGAAUACAGUCUUGGAGAAUUGCCAAGACUUGUGUACUACAGGCAUCAGAUACCUAUUAUCUACGAAGGUGAACUAAGCCGCGAAGAAGAUGUGCUGGAAUGGCUCAUUGCGAACAAAUCGACUGGGGACGAAGAAGAUGUGAUCGAGGAUGUUACAGCGAAAACCCUUAAUACUCUUAUAGGAAAUGUAGAUAACUUAGUAGUUCUUUUCUAUGAUCAUGGUGAUGAGGAAUCCAUGACAGUUUUAGAAGAAUUAGAGAAAAUAGAUGAUGAUUGCGACCGCCACGGUAUCCAGUUUGUAAAGAUCGAUGACAAAAAAGCAGCAAAAGAAUUCGGCAUUGACGAUGUUCCCUCGAUAGUCUACUUCGAGAAACAAAUCCCCAAUGUUUAUGACGGUGACCUUGAAAAUGAGGAUGAAAUGUUAGAAUGGCUGGUUGGUCAGUUAGAAAAGGAUGAAAUAGAAGACGUAACCGAUGAAAUGUUAGACCGUCUCAUCAAAGAUGGCAAAACAGUUGCUGUUCUAUUCUAUGACAACAACGAUCGAAAAUCUCAAAAAGUAUUAGCCGAAUUGGAAAACAUUGAUGAUGAAUGUGACCAAUUAGGUGUUGCAUUUGUAAAAAUUGACAAUGACGAGGAAGCAAAGGAGUACGGCAUUGAAAAAUUACCAACGUUGCUAUACUUCGAGAAGGGAAUACCAACUUACUAUGAAGGCAAUUUGGAAGAGGAAGAAAAAGUAUUGGCUUGGCUUAAGCACCAAACGGAGAGUGACGAAAUUGAAGACAUUACUGAUGAAAUGCUGGAUUUGAUGAUCGAAAAAAUGCCAUAUGUUGCCGUUUUAUUCUAUGACAAAGACCAAAAGAAAAGCCAAAAGAUCUUGGCCGAGUUAGAAAACAUUGAUGACGAAUGUGACCAAAACGACAUUGCGUUCGUGAAAAUCGAUGACGAUAAAGAAGCUAAAGAAUAUGGAAUUGAAACAAUUCCAACCAUGGUCUUAUUUGAAAAGGGUAUUCCUCAUGUAUAUGAGGGUGAUCUUAUGAAGGAAGAAGAACUUUUAGGAUGGUUGAUUCAUCAGAAACGUCACAGUGAAAUUCCCGAAGUAACAGAUGAAAUGAUGGACAAACUUAUAGACAGUGCUAAGUACUUAGCUGUUAUUUUCUAUGAUAAAGAGGACAAACAAGAUAUAAGAAUAUUGAACGAACUGGAAAACAUUGAUGAUGAAUUGGAGAAAGAAGGAAUUGUUAUAGUCAGGAUGGACAAUGAUGAGGAAGCAAAGGAAUUCGGUAUUGAUCACCUCCCUACUUUAGUAUAUUUUGAAGAUAACAUCCCGGCUAUUUACGAAGGGGAUCUGAUGAACGAAGAUGAAGUAUUAGCAUGGUUGAUUGAACAGAAAAACACCGCAACCAUUGAGGAGGUUACUGACGAAAUUCUAACAGAUCUCAUUGAAGAGCAUGAAUAUGUUGUCGUCUAUUUCAGCGGAAACUGCGAAGAAGGUGAAGAAUGUGAUAACAUCUUGGAGGAGCUUGAGAACAUUGAUGACGAAUUGGAUGAAACGGGAAUAAUAUUUGUGACCACUGAAGAUACGUCGUUAGCUAAAAAAUAUGGAAUCAAAUCUUUCCCAGCAUUAGUAUUCUUCAGGAAUAAGGAACCUCUAAUAUUUAAGGGUGACAUAGAGGACGAGGACGAGGUCCUUGCAUGGCUCACAGAUGAAGACACUUUGGAAAUUCCAGGAAAAAUUGAAGAAGUUAAUUCCCGGAUGUUGGAAAAAAUUUUAGAGGAAAACGACCAUGUUGUAGUUUUCUUCUAUAAGGAAAGUGAUAAAAAAUCACAGAAAAUUUUAAGCGAGUUAGAAAAUAUUGACGAUGAAUGUGAAGAAGAAAAUAUUGAUUUUAUUAAAACAUCCGAUGAAGGCGUUGAGAAGGAAUAUGAUUUGCCAGGCUUACCAGCAUUAGCUUUCUACCGACACAAAUUCAGAACGAUCUAUGAGGGUGAUCUGAUGCACGAAGAAGCCAUUCUAAAAUGGGUUUUGGAUCUUCAACACUCACAGCCAGAAGUCAUCGAAAAUGUAGACAGAAAAACGUUAAAAGACCUCAUUAAUGAUGUUGAGCAUUUAGCCGUAUUCUUCUAUAACGAUGACUGUGAUACCUGUGAUGAGAUUUUAGAAGAAUUAGAAACAAUUGAUGAUGACACCGACAAACAUGGAAUACAGUUUGUGAAAUCUAAAGAUUCUAAGCUUGCGUCCGAUAUUGGUAUAUUUAGUUUUCCAGCGUUGGUAUACUAUGAGACUGGAGUACCAAUCAUGUAUGAUGGUAACUUAAAGAACGAAAAUAAGGUUCUCCAGUGGCUAAUAGAUCAAAAAAGAGCCGUUUCAAGCAAACUCGUCAAAGGUGGCAAGAGUAAAAGGCAACAAAAUAGGAAUACACGGUUCCGCAAUAAUGAUGAUGAUGACGAUGACGACAAUGAUGACGAUGACAAUGACGAUAAUAGCGACGAUGACGAUAUUAAUAAUAGGUUUAAAAAGCUUUCGAAACUACCUGAUAAAUUAAAAAGGAUAGUGAGUUCCAAUUCCAGAUUAAGUUCUUCGAAAUCUUAUUCUCCUAAAAACAGAGUAAGUGUAAAUGGUGACGAUGAUGAUGACGACGAAGACGAUGACGACGAAGACGAUGACGACAAUGACGAUGACGACGACGACGAAGAAGAUGAUGAUGAUGAUGAUGAAGACGAUGACGACGAUGACGACGAUGAUGAAGAUGAUAAAGACCAUGACGAUAGUGACAACGACGAGGAUGAUGACGACGACGACGAUGAUGACGAUGACGAGGACGAUGAUGAAGAUGAAGAAAGUAAUUCAAAUAGCCUAAAAACCGCCUUUGCAGGCGAUCGCUGUUUCUACAUUGGAUUGGGGGCGAAACCGGCUGUGCCAAAAGUGACAUACGAACCAUACCAGUGCUGUCCCACUAAAGUACAAAGUCCGACGAAAGUAGCCAAGGCGACCCCGACCAAAGUUCCGGCGAAGAAGCUUGGAAAGGAUAAACCAGUGUUACCAGAGAAACCUACUAAGGGAAAGAAUAAAGCACUUGCCAGGCCAGAAAAAGGCAAAGGAAAAAAAGGUAAUCUUUUUGACGAAAACGAAGUUCUGGAAUGGAUGGUUAAACAAAAAGAAGAUGAAAGCAUCGAAGAAAUAAACAGAGACAAACUAUUUAAAUACAUUGAAACAAAGGAAUUUUUGGCAGUUGUUUUCUAUAAAGAAGAGGAUCCCGGCAGCCCAAGAAUUUUAAGACACGUUGAAUUAAUUGAUGAUGAAGCUGCUGAAUAUGGAAUAAAAAUUGUAAAAUGCAGCGAUCGUCUAAUGGCUAAGAAAUAUGGAUUUCGAAAUCCACCUGGAAUAACAUACUUCAGGAAAACGAAGGCUAUUAAUUACGAUGGCGAUAUGGAUGACGAGGAAGAAAUUUUGGAUUGGUUAACGAAUCCUGAAAAUAUGGAACUGACUGAUCAUAUCGAGAAAGUGAACAAAAAGAUGUUUCAGAAAAUAAGACAAACGUCGGAUUAUGUCGCCGUAUUCUUUUACAGUAAUGACUGCAAACAGUGUCCCCGAGUGCUGGCUGAGAUCGAACACAUAGAUGAUGAUGCGGAUGGAGCAGGGAUCAACUUUGUGAAGAUUGACGAUAGACAGAUGGCCAAAGAAUUCGGGGUAUUCGCAUUACCAGCAGUUCUCUUUUUCAAAAUGGGUUCCAAAGAUCCUGUUAUAUACGCAGGGGAUUUAUAUGAUGAACAACAACUAUUGAGUUGGCUUCUUGUCCAAAAAAAUCCUGCAGGAGAUGUUAUAGAAGCGCUCGAGGGUCAGGAACUAUUAGAUUUAAUUGAAGACUCAUCUUCGAUAGCUGUUUAUUUCUGGAACAAAACUUUAUGUGAACUGUGUCAUGCGAAAUCUACAGCAAAGAACACUAAAAAGAAAUUUACCAAAGACCCCGACGAGGCUGAAUUACCAGAGAUAGAGGAUUCAUUGGACUGUGAGCAAUGUACUGGAAUUUUGGAGGAAUUGGAAAAUAUAGAUGACGAUUGCGACAGACAUGGAAUUAAAUUUGUUAAAACUCAAGAUUAUUCUAUUGCGGAGUCGUUUGGAGCGACCGACUUUCCAGUGUUGGUUUACUUUGAAAAUGGCAUUCCCAAUGUCUAUGAAGGAUCAUUAGCGGAAGAGGAGGAAGUAUUGCAGUGGUUGAUAACUCAGAAAACUGAAGAUCGCAUUGAACUGAUAACACGUGUUAUGCUAGAGAAAAUGGUGGAUGAAACUCAAUAUUUAGCCGUCUAUUUCUAUAAAUUAAAUUGCCAUAUUUGUGAUCACAUAUUAGAAGAGCUGGAGAAUAUAGAUGACGAAUGUGACGUAUAUGGUAUACAUAUGGUCAAAAUUCAAGAUCCACAAUUGGCAAAAAGAUAUUCAAUCAAGACAUUCCCUGCAAUGGUAUAUUUCAGAAACGGCAAUCCACUACUUUUUGAAGGCGAUUUACAAAAUGAGGAAUCAAUACUGGAAUGGUUGAUUGACGACGAAAAUCGUGAACUAGCUGAUGAAAUAGAAUCUGUCAAUGAACGAAUGUUGGAGAGAUUAUUAUAUGAGUCUCAUUUACUGGCUGUUUUCUUCUACGAUGACGAAGACUGUCCAGAAUGCCAAGAAAUUCUGGAAGCAUUGGAACAAAUAGACGGUGAAGUGGAUCAAUUCGGUAUUGAUUUUGUGAAAAUUGCAAGCGCAGAGGCAGCCGCACAAUAUAACAUCAUAAAUAUUCCGUCUUUGGUGUAUUUCCGCAAGAGGGUUCCGAUGCCAUACGAUGGAGACUUGCAUCAAGUAGAUAGAGUACUCCAAUGGCUGACGUCUCAAGAAGUUUUUGAAAUCAAAAACGAAAUUGAAGAGGUUAACCGGAAAAUGCUGGAUAAACUUCUAGAGGAGAACGAGUUUUUGGCGGUUUAUUUCUAUGAAAACUCAGCGGAAAGCCGAAUUGUCCUGGACAAACUGGAGAACAUUGACAGCGAAACUGAUAAUUUAGACAUCACAUUUGUGAAGAUGCACGACCCACGUUAUGCUCGCAAAUGGGGCGUGACUAAACUACCCGCUAUCGUAUACUUUAGGAAACGGUUCCCGAGUAUUUACAGGGGUGACGUUAUGGCCGAAGAAGAGGUUUUGGAAUGGCUGCGGAAGAACAGAUUCCGGCAGCCGGAACUAAAUAUAUUUAUGUACGCAUUGAUAGCUUUAUCGAUAGCUUUUGUCAUGUACACAGCUUUCCUGCUUCAAUGCUUUAAGCCAUCUCCAACGCCCACCACACAACAUCCAAAACAGGCGUGA